CACUGCGAUCGAGUCGAAGCGAGACGACCACCGCGCCACAUGAUAGAGUGAUUGUGAGCUGGUCGCAAGGCGUCGGGAGCGGUCUUCCGCCCGUGCAUUCACGACCGCCGGGCCUCAGCCCAUCAGUAUUCUUCCAGGAAGCAUUAACCACCACCACGCCCACAGCUUCGCUUACCUCCGACACACUCCGACCUACGACUCGAUGUCGAACAGCGAUUCAGAGCGAUCUCCGAAGCGCCAACGACUGAACUCCUACAGUCCCGCCAGCACCGGUUACCCUUCGCCGAAACGUCAAAGAGCGGAGCAGCCCUUUAUUCAAACGCCGCCACCGAGCGUCCGGAUGAGUCCUUCAUGGCAAUCGCAGAGCCAGCAUAUUCCACAUCAGAGCGGCGGCAGCAAUUUUCCAUCUCCCCCGAGCACGGCCGGCUAUCAGAACCGUAUGGCCGAGGGCGGCGGAGACAGCGGGCGCCAGACGCCAGCAUCGCAAGACGACGGCGAAUUGCGCCGAGAUGGUGACGGGGAUGCAGUGAUGAGAGACCAGCGAGAGGGCACGGCAGCAGACAUCAAUAUGACGGAUCCAGAACACAGAAGGAGUGACCAUGAGCGAUUAGGUGGCAGCACCGACGUCGACCCUUUACCGCGCUUCAAAGUCUUCGCUGCCCCUAUUCCGCCGUCACGACCACAUCCGUCGCAGGAUCUGAUCGAGCUAUACGGUCUGAAGUGUAUCCAAGCAAAUGUUCGAAGAAGGGAUCCUGUAACAGGGGCAAAGAUCAAUACUAUGCGCAAAUCUUAUGCUAACAAGCUGAAGACCCUAGGUCUUGAAGGGCGCAACAAAGCCGUACCCAAUCAAGGCGAGCUCAGCGGUCUUCUCGAUCCUGGCUGGAGCCAGGAAGUUCAGCCAGGCUCAGGUGUAACUCUAUGGGACAACAACUGGUCUGAACGCGGCAAAUUGGGCGAUUCCAACGCGGAGGCCGACGUGAUUAGCAAGCUGGACGCUGCGCUCAAAAUGGAGCCCGGCCAAUUGCCAAGUAAAGAGCGCGAGAGCUGGAACAAUGUUCUCGGUCUAGAUGAUUUUUCCGUACCUUCAAAAGGUUCCGCAGCAGCAACGGCGAAGACACCAUUAGCCAGCAACCCGGCUCUUGCGAAAACUUCUGCAGCACAUGCCAUGUCCAGCUCGGCGCCAGCCUCACCCAGAAACCAGAUUCGUCCAGACCGGAAAGGCAAAAAGCGCAGCUACGAUGAUAGCAGUUUUGAGGGCUACAACCAAGGCUACGAAGACGACGGCUAUAGUACGGGCGGUCUUGAUGACACAGGCAGGAGACGCGAUUCGAGCAAGCGUCAAAAGCGAAAGGAUAUACCUUCGCAAGCAAACUCGCCUGCAUUCAACCCUCCUGGAGCGGUCGGUGUACGAAGUUCUUAGAACGACUGUCUUCCACAAACCAGUCGCUAUCCACUUCCAGGCGAGACACCUCGCUCACUUAACUAUGGUAUUCCUUCGAACGUAGACGGGCAUCACUUGUCCGCCUAUCUGCGACUGAUUUCCGCCGCCAAUACCUCGAACUGGCUCCGCCCAACAGGCGAUCGCAUGUCUUGUAAUACAGAUCCGAAGAGUUCCAGUGUGGUCAAGGAGGGCUGAUUCUGGUGCUGAUGCUAAUGCUAAUGCUAACAACUAUACCCUUGCUGUUUCUGGCGCAACUUGGUUCGGGCGCCCGCACGAGCGUCUGCGAAAAUGGGGGUGCUUCGUUUAUUGAUUUGGAGUUUGGGACGGCACGGAGUGCCAAUUUGGCUGGUACCAGCUUCUUAUGAUGUGUUGAUGAUGCCCUCUCAUGCUGGGGGCUUUGGCGUGGAUUCGCGUAGUGCGAUGUUGUAUACCAUGAGUUCGGCGAUCGAAUCAGAGAAGGAACUUGCUAGCAUUGCGCAGAGAACCUACGUAUCUACGUACAGAUCGAAUGUUUACAUGAUAACAUCAUCGUGCUUUCAAGUUGGAGCAUGUCUGCCCGUUACCCACAUCCGUUAUAUAUCAUGUCUCGUCUCCCAAAACCCGACUAUCACGCUUAACAGCUGGAUUCGCCGGCGCAAUCCUUGGUUUGCUCCUUGCAACACGUGCAUGUCUUAUAAUCGGUGUGACAGCAUUUGUCCUUGGGCUUCGAGCACAUUUUAUUCCAUUUUUCCCACCCUCCAGGAGGUUUGCCUUCGUUCGGAUUCAAUGUGUCUUUACCACGUCGACCUAUUUUGGCCAGGGUGUAAAAGUCCUCGUUCCACAGCGCCCGGUGCAAGCCUGGGGAUUGGGCAGCGGUAGCGAGGGCAACUAAGGCGAGAGGGAGGCAAAAAAUUGUAGCAAGUUGCAUCGUGGCUGUUGAGUAGUCUUUGUUUGAUAAGUAGAGUCAAGGACA